AUGUAUCGGUAUAUAGUACAAAUUUUUAUUAUUAUUUCUGGAUUUAAUAUUGCAAAUGGGAAAUAUGUGGAAGGACAUUUGAAAACAUUUGAGAAUUGGGCUUUCUUGGCGAGAUUUUGCUUUUUAUCUCAUCACGGCCAAUAUGAAUAUCACAUUGAAUACAGCAAAAGUUUAGGAGUACCAAAUCUGCUGCUCUAUUAUGACAGCGAAACCCAAUGGCCAGCAGUAUAUAAAACAAAGAAGACAUGUGCUCAAAAAGAAGCUGUCCUAAGCAUUCAGGACAACCAAAUAAUACCAUUAAGUACACUUUAUCCUGAUAGUAUAAGAUCAGGAUGCUACAUAAGAGAUCCGGCAACCUCAGAAGACGAUAAUGGAAAACAUAUAAGGUAUUAUAAAUUUAAAACUAAAGAUUUUAAUUCAAGAAUAAAAAGGCAUUCAUUGGAUACUGAAGGAAAAGCUACUCUGACGGUGGUGUGUAGACAAAAAGGUAGAUUCUUAAGUGCCAGAGAAAGAUGGUGGUACAUUGCUGUUAGCAAUUGCAGGACCAACAAGGGAUUGGACAUUCGUUAUAAAUUUCUGAUGACCAACGGAGAACCUGGCGAUUACUGGCAUGAACAUUUCUCUGCCGAUGAAAUGUAUAUAUUGCCUAUACUAAUGUUCUACUGCAUGGUGUAUCUACUCAUGUUUCUUGCUGUAUUAAUCUGUUCUGUGGAAUUGCGUUCAAGGCAUUUGCUCCACACCACAUAUAAAGUUUUUUGUACUUCUGUGGUUUUGCAAGAAUUUGGAAUAUUAGCAAACAGUAUUGCUUAUGUUAAAUAUGCUUUAUCGGGACUUGGACCACAUAAUACGUUGGGUAGUGUAAUUAUGGCAUCAAGUGAAGUUGUAUUCCUCACAUUAUUAUUGCUCAUGUCGAAAGGAUUUACCAUCACCCGAGCAAGACUGUCAGGCAAAACAAUUAUAAAACUGGUUGUCUUCAUCAAUACUUAUGUGAUAACGUACUUCAUUUUAUACGCGCAAUCUGAAAAAUUUGACCCUGGAGAAGUUUUGUACUUGUACGAAUCAGUAGCUGGAUUUGGACUAUGCGGUCUAAGGAUAGUCGCCUGGGGAAUUUUUAUAUGCUCUGUAGCUACUACUAUAAGGAAAUAUCCCGAAAAAGGUACUUUUUAUUAUCCUUUUAGCGUUUUUGGAUCUUUGUGGUUCAUUUCUGGGCCAGCUUUCAUAUUGAUUGCAAAUAGUCACAUCGACAACUGGGUCAGAGAAUCUGUUGUCUGUGGAGUCCAGUUAUUUAUAGCAUUUGCUGGACAUGCAUUCUUUCUGUUUUUAACUGUACCAUCUCGAGCAAAUAAAAACUUUCCAUAUCACAUUCGAACAAGUCAAAUAGGAGUGGCAGAAAAUCAAGAUGGAGAUUUUGUUCAUCAUCCAUACGAACCUAGCCAGCAAACUUAUAUAAUCCCAUUAACUAGAAGAACUGAAGAACUCCUAAAUGGCGUGUAUUCUCAGUACCUCCCUAACGGUUCAGCACACCUGAACGAACUGCCCUCCAAUACCAGCUCGUAG